UUUCCCUUCGAGUCUCUUCUCAUCUGUAACUCUUUCUUCAGUCUGAUCUGUGGGUAGGACAAAACCAUACCAUGGAUCCUAGGUUACCGGCCAGUGCCAACUGAUUCUUACCUGGGGACCAGCCCACCCUUGCCAGCCCCUGUGAGUGACAGGAUGAGGAAGAGGAGAGCCUUUGCAGAUAAGGAACUUGAGCACAUCAUGCUAGAGAGGGAGUUUAAGGAGAGAGAGAUGUUGGAGGCCACUCAAGCCGCUGGACUUUUCUUACCUAACCGCAUGGUUCAUGCUGCUGAGUACAACUCCUACAAAGCAGCCUAUGGACCCCCACAGGCUGACGUUCCUAGCAAGGACUUCUGCAAUUUCCUUCCUACUUGCCUUGAUCUUACAAUGCAAUAUUCAGGGUCUGGGAAUAUGGAACUCAUUUCCUCUAAUGUCAGUGUUGCUGCAACAUACAGACAAUAUCCUGUGCCUUCCAGGUUUUUGGUUUGGCCAAAGACUGGACCUAUCAGUGAUGCUCUUCUUUACCAACAGUGUCUAUUAAAUGCAACAGCUAUGCAGACCUUGAAACCAGGGUCAAACUGGGACUCUAAGUCCAACCCAGUUAUUGAAUGUCAGCCUUCAGAACACGACUUGGUAGCUUCAAAAAUAGAUAAUCCAGUCCUACAUCAUCAUAAUGAUUAUGGAAGCCUGCCGCAGGACAAUGCAGAAAGGUCUGCCUUUUCAGCCCCCAAAAGAAGCUUCCCACUUAUUUCCUCCAAGGACCACUUAUCUACCCAGGACAGUUUAAUGAGCAAAAUUAGCAAAGAGGUCACAAAGCAGCCCUACCCUUUAAAAUACAACCCAUUCCAUGCACUGCUUCAGCAGGCACAUCUUGAAAAGUCAUUGGAAGAUCUAAAACCCCCAUGCACCAAAGAUCUCUACGAAGAGCCUGCAAAGAAAUUCAGAGAAUGUCCAUCCAAAGAAAUCCAGAAACACAAAUUUACAUUUGACAGACACAACAAGGACUGCUUCUUAGGAAAGGAGUCAGGAACAAAGCUAACUACUAAUGAACCCUUACCCUUUUCUGUCGAGUCAAUUCUCAAAAGGCCCUCAACAACAGUCAAGCGUUCUAGUCAGUAAAUCGUCCUCAGCCCGUGCUCAAUGGACUUGUUCAUCCAUCUCAUCUUUAUAGGUGCAGUUCUUGUACUGAUAAUCCUUUUGUACAGCAUGACUGCUAGAUAUGUACAUACAGCUACACUUUCUCUUUUGUAAAAAGUACCAUAUUUAAAUGUAAAAAUAUGAUCUGAAUAUAUGAAUGUAAACUAUGUGAGUUCUGAAUAUAUAAUUAUAUAUAUAAAUAUAUAUAUAAUAAAAUUCUCUAAUAAUU